AGAUAACUAAACCCUGUGUAACACCGCGCUGCCAUCAGGUGCUCAGUAACAACAGCACACUUUUGAGUGAUUCAGCCUUCAAAGAAACCAACGUGUGUUUACGACCCGUGGGGGGGGGGGGAGACGAACACCAGCAUGUUAUGAUAGGACACAGUGUACCGAACUACAGCUCACCUUUUUUGUCCAUUAACCACAUAAACAACAGCCAGGGGACGAAGCCCACCGGGCCCCACAGCACCAGAACUGCGAUGUCAGACUUGGUGAAGCCGUACGCGUGGACGGCCGAGUUCUGGAUGGGACCCCAGAAGUUCCACACCAUCCCCUGCAGGAGUCCCAGCAAGGAGAACAGGGUCAGAACCAGCCAUCUUCUGCCGUACACUCUGUUGUUUACUGGCGUGCUGUUUGCCUCCGCAUGAGACGGAACGAUAAGCGGCUCCCUUUCGGCCUCGGUGCCCAAACCGGCACCCAUAGUAAAAUGUCUGUUUGUCAGUUCUGUUAAAAUCCCGGUUUUAACGGCUGUACGGGAACGAGAACUGCGCGUGCUGCCGGGCUCCUGUCGACCACAAAAAUAAUAACAGACGAUAGCUUCUGUUUCUGUCAGUUCACUUUACUGCGCAUGCCCGAACGGAAGUAGUCUGGGUCGUGGUAACUGUGGUCGUUGGGCGGCCAUUUUGGCUCGUCUGCUGCAUAAGCUUGCAUGGACCCGUUGUAGCGAUCACAGAGCCGAAAUGGAGUAGAUUCACAAUUACGUAUGGCAAAAGUAUAAAGAAACUUGUCAUGUGAGGUUUGUUUACUUCCGCCCUAACCUCAAUUGCACGUGUAGUGAAAGUGUGUGCAGGUCAUGGCUGCCCCCGACUCCAUUAAACCCUUCAGCCCAGAGGAGACCCAGAGGAUUCUGCAUCACCUACAGCAGCCUGCAGUCUUCACAAGCAUGACUGCUGGCUGGCCUGUUCUCCGCUGGACCGCAGAGCACCUUUCUGGCUGCCUUGACAAACUCAUCCGAUUCAGAAUUGGGAGAAAAGAGGAGACGAACACACCUCUGUUUGAAACCCAGUGUUGCUAUGUGGAGGCCAGACUGGAGCACUUUCUCAGCUGGAGCCGGGACCAGGCUGAGGCAGAUGUGGGGCCUUUCUGUGAAUACCCCAACGCAGAGUAUUGGGCCUAUGCUGACUACAAGUACAUCGCCGUGUUGUUUAAAGAUCAGCCUUCCAUGUUUGAGGAUGUAAAGUGGUCCGAGUUUGGUUUUAAUGGACGUAAUGGGAGAGAGAGCACCUUAUGGAUCGGCACAGAGGGGGCCAACACGCCCUGCCACCUGGACUCUUACGGCUGUAACCUGGUACUGCAGGUUCAGGGACGGAAGCGCUGGCACCUCUUUCCUCCAGAGGACACGGUUAAGCUCUACCCGACCAGGAUCCCCUUUGAGGAGUCCAGUGUCUUCAGCCAGGUGGAUGUUCUCCACCCAGACCUGACGAGGUUCCCUGCAUUUCAGGGAGCCAGAGCGCACAUGGUGACUCUGCAGCCGGGACAGGUGCUUUAUGUCCCCAGACACUGGUGGCACUAUGUGGAGUCAUUGGAUCCCAUCACUGUCAGCGUCAACUCCUGGAUCGAGUUGGACGAGGACCAUGUGGCGAGAGUCUGUGAAGCUGUGACCAAGACCGUCGUCUGCGCCUUUAAAAGAGACGACAACACUGACGACUGGCUCAAUCCCACUGAGGAAGGCGUAGCAUCCCAUAAUGAGAACAUGCAUUGUGUGAACCUGGCAGUGACAGCGUGUGCUCAGAGACACGGGAGCCUCUGCCACAGCAAACUGACCCGGGACCCGGGAGACACCCGGCCAGUCAAGCGGGACUCCAGAGGACAAAUCAGGAAUAACAGCAAUUUCUUCAUGGAUUCUGUGCCUUUCAGAAUUCCCUUUGGACCGCUUCUCAUCCCCGUACGCUGUCAGCAGGAGAACUCGCCGGAAACCACGGAAGAUCUGGAGGUCAAAUCUUCCAGGAGCUGCGAUGUCGAAUCUCAAGAGGACCGCGCCGGCAGCUCGGACGCAGCACUGAGAAACAAGCUUGCAUCCGCUGUCAGACUGCACCAGGACAAAUCUGAAUGUAGCGAUGGUCUAAUUCAAUGUAGAGCACGUGACUGUACAGAUGAGACGUCGGAGAACUCUUCAGGGGAUUAUGAGGAGCCAACACACGCAACAUUAACCACUAAUGAGCUGUUGGACUGCCUGCUGCAUCCUGAUAUCAUCUCCCGUGUCACUGAGCUCUUACUGGAAAGGCACACGGGAAGUCACAGGGCCACUGCACCAACCCAGCUGUAAAUGUUUGUGUGUUGAAGAGCCCAACGCUUCUCAUUGACUGUAGGAAUAACACAUGUUAGUUAUUCCUACAAACACAGGAACUGGUCACCAUAUUUGCACUUGAUGGGUUUUUGGUUGGAUCCCUGAAAUAAGAUCUGAACACGAGCUUCAGAGAUGUUCACGUUUGUUCUCCUACAUAAAAUACAUCAGAAUAAACCCCACUGGUGCCAUUUGAAUGCUAACAAGUGUCCAAAUGAGACGUCAUCAACCUUUAGCUGACGUUGAAGUCAUGUGACCGUGGUGUAGCUUUAGCUCUUUACUUCUGGCAUUUGCAUUUAGGCUCCAAAAAUGAUAAGAGUUCCUUUUGUGAAGAUUAUCCUGCAGAACAAAACGUGUGAACAUCAGAAACGUUUGUUACGACACAAAUGCACCAGCGUGCCAUGAUGAGGCUCUUCUCCACUACGAGUGUCUCACAGCACAAAGAUAAUCGGCUGCAGAAUCUCCUCCUCCAAGCUGCUGGUAGCAGAGCGUGGGAGGAGGAGGAGGAGAGGAGAGGAGAGGAGAGGAGAGGAGAAGGAGAAGGAGAAGGAGAAGGAGAAGGAGAAGGAGGAGGAGGAGGAGAGAGGAGAGGAGGGGAGGGGAGGAGGACUUCCUGUCUUCCUGUCUUCCUCUCAUCGUCCUCGUGAUUAACCCCCGGAUGUGAGAUCACAUCCAAAACUAAUCGUAAUGUGAUGAGUGACGCAAUCGAGCGGCUCUGACCUUUCCUCGUGUUGUUGUCCUGCACAUCCUAAUCCUGUUUCAGAAUGUGCGUUGCUUCGUCCAGAGCAAGAGGAACGGCCACUCAAAUCAACUUAGUAUGCUAAUAAUCCACAUGAUUCAAGAUAAUGUUGCUGAGAUGUGAACAUUUGUUUUGUGCAUGAUGCUUCCCUGUCAUCUACUAAUGAAGAUUGUCAUGGAACAACCACGAGGGCUGAUCUCAUUGGUGCGGUGAUUUAUGAACGACGAAUGAAAUGUGUGCGUUUGAUCUCUUGAGCGAGACAAUAAUAAACACAUUUUGUUUUCCUCUGA